AUGUCAUCCACGCUGAGGUUUCCACUACCGUCGUCUAUUAUCAAUCAUGCCCCUCCUUCUCGCCUGGCAAGCACUCGAUUUGGCAGAAUGCUGAAUGUGCAAUUCUUUGCGAAAAGACACCUGCUUCGGUUAUGCCCUGUUAGUACCAAUAAUAGCGUCCAUGAAUCAGCAGAUAAAGAUAAGAGCUCCGUGGAGAAGCCAGGUUUGACAGGAAAUGAUGAUAGUCAUCAAGCACUCUCACCUAACGAGAUUAUGAAGAGAUUGAAGAGAUAUGGUACCUCGGGAAUAUUGUCUUACGGCCUGCUAAACACUGUUUACUAUCUUAUUACUUUCCUUGUGGUGUGGUUUUAUGUCAGUCCGCCGCCUGCGAGGAUGGGUUAUUUAGCUGCCGUUGAAAGGUUUCUCAAAGUAAUGGCCAUGGUGUGGGCUGGGAGCCAAGUGACUAAGCUCGUUAGGGCUGGAGGGGCUUUGGCACUUGCUCCUCUUGUUGACAGAGGAUUAUCGUGGUUCACCGUCAAGUUCAACUUCGAGUCCCAAGGGAAGGCAUUCGUGGCAAUUGCUGGAUUGUGUUUUGGCUUGGCAAUUAUGCUAUUUCUUGUGGUGACCUUACUUUGUGCAUAA